AUGUAUAGUGUAUUGGAAGCACUUCAUGCAGCGGCGGAGCUUGUUGUUUUGGAGCAAUGUAGGAUAAUUCACGGUCAUGCGGUUGUUAUUGGGCUCGAUUUGGGUAUGGUUGUGGAGAUUGCGUUGGUUGAUGGGUAUAGGAAGUGUGGUUUGGUAUCAGAAGCAUAUGGGGUGUUUGAUGAGCUUGUGUCGAAGAUGAGUAUUAUCCGGUGGAAUGCAAUGAUGGUGAGUUAUGCACAGGAAGGGGAUUGGAAUUCGGUGUUGGAGCUUUUUGGUUUGAUGGGGGCUAGAAGGCUUGUCUCGGAUGAAUAUAGCUUUUUUACAAUUCUUUUAGCUUUUUACAAUGCGGGUUUGGUUAGGGAGAUUGAACAAUGGUUGAGCAGGAUGAGAUUUGAUUAUGGGUUAGAGCUGUUGCUCGAGCAUUAUACAUGUUUAGCGGAACAAUGGGUCGAGCAGGGCAAUUGGAGGAAGCUGAAAAGAUUGCAAUGA